CUCCUGUCUACUUGCGAUGCAUAUCUAGUGUUUGAUAAAUAUUUGGUGACGCAGUAUUGAGGCAACAUAUAAGCCUCGUGUCAUACUCUGCUCAUUGGAACAUACAAUAUUCUUGUGUUAAAGCUAUUUUUUUCAACCGAAGAAACCCGACCUCUGCCCUGAGUAAUUCACGACGUUUGGGAUUGCAUUUUUAUCUGUAAUCGACGUUCAGUAUGAAUUACGUGACGAACGAGGUUCCUGAAACCGAACGACUGAUCACUAAUGAGAUGUUUUUGUCGACUGCGCCAAGUCCCUCCGCUGUGCAUAAUAGUGAAACUCGAACAGGUGCUGGAAUCUUAGGAACCAUUUUUCUAAUUGUCAAUGCUACACUAGGGGCUGGACUGUUAAAUUUUCCUCAAGCAUUUGACAAAGCUGGUGGAGUCGGGACCUCUGUUCUGACACAGCUUGUUUUUCUUGUGUUCAUCACAGCUGCUCUAGUGAUACUAGCCAGUAGCAGUGACUUUAUAUAUGCUGAUACUUUGCAAGAUGUAUUUGCUGGUCUGUGUGGGUCUAAAUCACUUAUUUUCUGUGGAAUAUGUGUAGCCCUUUAUAGUUUUGGCUGCUGUUUAACAUUUCUAAUAAUUGUUGGCGAUCAAUUUGACAGAUUGUUUGCUACAUUUUAUGGACUUGACUAUUGUCACACUUGGUACUUAUCGAGACCAUUCGUGACUGCUGUGAGUUGCAGCUUGUUUAUAUUACCCCUAUGUUUUUUUAAAAGAUUGGAUGUUUUAAGCUAUGCAAGUUCCAUUGGCUGUGUAACUAUCGUGUACUUUGUAUGCCUAGUGACUUACAAAAGCAUUACUGAGCACCGUAAUAAUGUGCCACCCAUGAAAAUCUGGCCGGACAGUGGAUAUGAAGCUCUACAGUUAGUACCCAUCAUCUGCUUUGCAUACCAGAGCCACAUGACCGCGAUACCAACCUACGCCUGCAUGAAAGAUCGCCAUCUGGGCAAGUUCAUUCUGUGCGCCGUCAUCAGCAUGCUCGUCUGUUUCGGCGCGUACACCACGGUGGGCAUUUUCGGAUACGCUACGUUCGGUUCAGGUCGUGUGCCGAGCGAUAUCCUGCAAGGCUACGAUGAUAAGAGUGUCGUGCUGGCGGUGGCGAUAAUCGCUGUGGCCGUAAAGAACUUCACCACCUAUCCUAUCGUCCUAUACUGCGGUCGAGAUGCGCUUCUCGGUAUCUCCGACGUGGACCUUGAUCGAACUGGUGUUCGAGCGGCCGUCACCUUGGUGUGGUUUAUCUCAUCGUUGGUCAUCGCUAUCUUGGUACCAGACAUCUCGCCGAUGAUCUCUCUGUUGGGAUCAUUGUCUGCGAUAUUUAUCUUUGUACUGCCCGGCAUUUGUCUCUUGCAAAAUGUGCUCUUGAAGGAUCCGCAAUUGUAUCUGAACAAGGACCGCUUGAUGAUAAUUUUUGCAAUUUUCUUGACCGCACUCGGCGCUUUCGCAUGCGGUGUCGUUUUUGUAGAGGCUCUCCAUGAUCUGUACAAAAAGCCAUUCGAGCCCAAUCAUCUGGUCACCGGCUUCAGACAACUCAAAGAGAGUUUAUGCGUUUGAUUAGGAUUAGAUUUAUACGGGCUCUCUCGAAACACGCGAUGUAACCUGCGUGAUCUGCGAAACUUGAAGAUUCGUCAUUAUUAAAGUAACAAUAAAUUAAGGAUUGUUAGCUCUCUAAAGAUCUCGUACGUGAAGCUGGGAUAAUAUUAGGAAAGUUGAUCUUUGUAAUUCUGCCUCAUUCAAUCAGGUAAGACGUCAGAGAAAGAGACUGAUGUAUAUACAUUUUUAUUAGUAAGUUUUUCUUUUUUUUACCGAUCGACUCGUACGCGAAUUUUUAAGUAAUAAUAUAAGGACGAAGAUGGAUGUCCUUCUAUCGAAGUGUGCUCAAUAGUAAUCGAUAUGCUGCAUUUGUGGAUAUAAAUAAAGCUUCCUUUGAUACUCUUUUUACAACAA